AUGUUCGAUAUCGUCUCCCAAGUUGAACAGUAUUCCACCUUCCUUCCUUGGUGCGUUGACUCAGUACUGCUGCAAGAAAGCGCUACCAAGGGCAAACUCUAUAGACUCACUGUCGGCUUCUACCCAUUUCAAGAGAGCUACGAUUGUUGGGUCACAACGAAACGACCAACUCACGUAAAGUCAGUUUCUAUAACGGGAAACCUUUUCAGCAACCUGAUCAACGAAUGGUCUUUCAGCGAGGGUCUUCCAGAUAAUCCGAAAACCUGCACUGUUCAGUUAUUGGUGGAUUUUAAUUUCCGAUCCAAACUCCACGCCCAAGUCUCUCAGCUAUUUUUCGACCAGGUGGUGAACACCAUGGUUGCAUCCUUCCUCUCUCGAGCUGAGUCUCUGCACGGAAAGGAGUCAAUAUCUCGACAGAGGCCGAAGGUGCUGCAGUAUGUUCGUUGA